AUGUCGCCGUCUCCCCGUGGUGUAAGGAAACUUGAUGCAAGCCUAGUGAGGCACGCUGGGCUUGCUCAACUUUUUCAGGCGCAGGCCCGGCUUCUUGGUCCAAUGACAGCCAUAGAAUAUGGCAAGUGUGCUGUCUCCUAUGGUGAAUUGCACUUCAAAGCCCUCCAGCUCGCGCACCUGAUCCGACAGGAAGCCCCUAAACCAGGAACUCCAAUUGCGAUCGCCAUCCCCCGCGGAGUCAACCAUAUUUUAGCGCAAAUUGCCAUUGUUUAUGCCGGUGGAACCUGUGUUCCUUUGGACACAAAACAUCCAGACGUGUUUCUUCAGAAGCUUGUCCAAAAUCUGGAUGUGAAGCUAGCUCUAGUGGACAUCGACAAUUGGAGUCGACAUCUAGAGAUCGACAAUAUCCUUGUAGACCAUACCCUGAGCCCUGAACUAUCCGACGAGGAAUUCAAGGUCUCCUCCAAUGAGCCAUCGAGCCGUUCCCAUAUCCUUCACACCUCAGGUACAACGGGGGAACCCAAAGCCGUCCAAAUUCUGGCUGGCGGAAUCAUCAACUUGGCAUUUAAUUCCACCACUCUAUUUCAAGAUGACCAACGACUUGCACACAUCGGCAAUACGGUCUUCGACAUCACCUUAUUUGAAACAUGGGUGUGCUUGUUGAGAGGUGGGACGGUGGUAGUCUAUCCACAUGAGAUAGUCAUAGACCCCGUUCUCUUCUCGCGGAGUCUCCGAGACGACCAAAUCGAAGUUGUGUUUGUUACUACCGCAUUGCUAAACGCAAUUGUCAAAACCUGUCCGGGGGCAUUUUCCACAGUCCACACUCUAAUGACCGGUGGCGAGAUAAUCAACGUGUCGGUGAUCCGGAAGAUAUUCGAUCAUGGGCCCCCGGAGCGAGUAAUCCACAUGUAUGGACCAACUGAAUGCACUGUGUUUGUAAUCUCGCACAAGAUCACCGCAGCGGAUAUCCACAAUGGUCACAUUCCACUCGGGAAGCCAAUUGGCAAUUUUCAGCUUUUCAUUGUCGACGAAAAUCUCAGUCCAGUUCCAACGGGCAGCGAAGGAGAACUGGUAAUAGCAGGGGCAGGAGUUUGCGGAGGAUAUUGUAGGAAUCCUCUAGCCAACAUCAAGUCAUUUAUAAACCCCCCACAUCUUACAUUGAAAGGUACCGCGGUGGGAUUCUCGCGUCAUGCCUAUAGGACGGGCGAUAUCAUGCGAAUGAACGAGUCUGGCUUGUACGAGUUUGUCGGCCGCCGCGACAGACAAAUCAAGAUCCGGGGCCACCGCGUCGAGCUAGAAGGUCUCGAGAAUAUCUUCUUAAGCACGAAUCUUGCCUCCGCGGCAGCGGUUGUCAAGGUUGAGCCCAAGGAUGCCGAGACGGGGCCAAUACUGGUUGCCUAUAUUGUACCGCAAUGCAUUCAUGUCGACCCUGAGACCGUAGCACGAGCAUUCGUCAGCCGCGCUCCCCAUCUUCCGGUGCCUCGCGUCGAGCUUCUUGUGGAGCUUCCAUUGGGAAAGACAGGGAAGUGUGAUCGAAGGAAGCUUGAGCAACUGUGUAUAGAAAAGAUGAGGGUCGUGCGUGAGAGUCAAAUGCACUCGAACGGAAGCAUCGACUCUGUGGAAACGUGUUUGGAACAUAUCUGGCUCGAGAUACUGGGGUAUCCAAAGGACCACCUGGAUUUUUCCGAUGACUUUUUCCAUUUGGGCGGAACCUCACUGCAAAUUGCACAUCUGAUCGGCCGAAUUCGAGUUUUGCUAGGAUCUGAGCUGCGGUCCACGGCUCUGUAUGAGAAUUCCACACUAGGCCAACUCACACGGCUAGUUCAAAAGCUCAAGAACGGAACAGCUUUGCCAGACGCAGCAGAUGAUCAAAGCAUCCUGGCUCUGGAUUCGUUAUCAGGCCAAGACCUACAGGUUAGUCUCGACCCGGUCGUCGACUGGCUCGACGCUUCAGAAGGCCGAGUGUUCCUCACCGGAGCAACUGGAUUCGUCGGCGCCUUUCUCCUCGCGUCACUGCUGUCUAUGCCACAGGUCACCCAAGUCGCAUGUCUUGUUCGUGCCGAGAACACAUCCGCAGCCGACGUACGCAUCAAGAAAAUAUUGGAGAAAUACAGACUGCAUGGUUUCCAGGAGAACAAAAUUAUUUCUAUCCCCGGCGACUUGUUGCUCCCGCACCUCGGCCUUCUGCAAGAACAGUACAACCACUAUGCAAGCUGGGCGAGUGUGGUUUUCCACUUGGGGGCAAUAGUCAGUUACGUCCAGCCGUACUCCCGUCACCGAGCGACCAAUGUCCUGGGAACGUUAGAAAUAAUAAGAUUUGCAAAUCACUCUCGGCCAAAACGGCUGAUCUACUCCUCGAGCAUCGCUGCAUAUGGACCGACGGGAUUUAUCCAAGGAACCAAUACCGUCCCAGAGGAUGAGAGACCACUAGACCACAUCACGGCUUUACAAUAUGACACAGGAUAUUCUCAAAGCCAGUUCGUGGCGGAAAAUGUGGUCUGGAAUGCCAUCCGCAGGGGUUCGCCGGCGAUCAUCGUCCGUCUCGGAUAUGUCCUAGGGCACAGUCAGACGGGAAGAGGGAACCCGAAUGACUUCAUCAGUUGUCUCAUGUCGUCCUGCCUCCAGCUGGGGCAUUACCCUAUCCUACCGGGGCAGCGCAAAGCGUUCGCCUCGGUGGAUUUCGUGGUGGAUGCGACACUGCGAAUCGCCUCCUCCGAGGAGAACGUGGGCCAUGCUUAUAAUUUGAUCCAGCCGGUACCCAUAGAUCUUCAGGAAGCCUUCAGUCUGAUAAAUGGACAAUGUUCUUACCCACUGCAAGGUAUCUCGUUUUCCCGCUGGCUGGAAAUGUUUGUCGAUGAUGCGACGAACCCGUUGCAUCCCUUUCUUCCGCUAUUCCAGGAGAAGAUAUGGGGUAUCCAAACCCGUUGGGAAGUUCAAGAAAAUGCGCCUCGGUUUGAGAUUACCAACACUCUGCGGGCUCUUCGUAAUAGUCCAGAGCUGCUUUCGUGGAUGUCGGCACUGGAUCUGCUUCGAAAGUACAUCCCCGAGUGGUCUGCGGUUUCAAGCAAUCUUUGA